GCAACCUGUUCCUUUCCUUAGCUUCCCUGAGUCUGUGUGCAUUUGUGUGAGUGUGUAUAUGUGUGGCAGUGGGAGGAGGGAGAGCGGGGUGGAGUUACUCGCUGCUGUGCUCUCUGUCUGCACUUUGAGAAAGACACCUGCGCUGGAAGGACAGAGAGAGAGAGAAAAAGAGAGACAGACAGAGAAGAGAUACCAACACAGAAAGAGACACCGAUGCCAUCACCCCUUUCUUUGAAGGUGAAAAAGAAAAAAACUGUGUGAGACAGAAAGGCAAAUCCUCUGUCUUUCCCUGAGGGAGACCUCAAGUGAGCCAAAGGAGAGGGUGGUGGCCAUGGAGCAGCCAGCCUCUGGCCCACGUCGCCGUAGCGAUGGCUCGGUGAGAGAAUGUCUAUUCUUCCCGGUGCUGGAACGAAACGAGCAGGAACGGCUGGAGGCCUUGAUGAAGAGAUCCAUGGAGCGCAGCCUGCAGCUGGAUCACCAACCAAAACGGUGGACAUGGGGGGGCCCCACCCUAUCUGCUGGCCAGGAAGAUGAUUUUGUGUCACUGGCUGCCAGAGCUCUACCCGAAGCCUUCGACCCUACAAUCAGGAAAAGCCUGUCAUCCUCCUCCACACCCACAGACUAUACUGGAGCAAGAGCAUCCCAGAACCCCCACAGGUCCCCCUAUAGAGCUCCACUGAGUCACCUGGAUCAGGGGAAGACCAGCAUUUCAUCCCAAGGGUUGUCCAAGGAGUCUGUGGGCACUGCUGUUCCCCCUGAAAUACCUCAGAGGGACAUACCAGGUGAAGUAAGAGGUGCUGUCUCUCCUGUAUGCACGGCACCAGCCAGACGAGCAGAGUCCCCGGCCACGCCCUCCCGUGGUUCUUCUCCUCGUGCCCAGAGCAGACCAAGGAGGGUUAGAUCCUCAAAUAGCCGUGCCCAAUCACCCUGUACUUCGGGGCAAUACCCCUCUUCCCCCUUGAGGCACAGAGCCACCACCCCUGGUGCCGACAGCAACAAGAAAUGGGAGGAGGAAGAGAAGGGUACCCGGGACAUCAGAGGUCAUGGUUCCCUGGAGAGGAAGACUUCAAAGUCUGAUACCCCUGAGAAGACUAUUCCAAAGUCCAGCAGUAGAGACUUGAGUGUAGAAAAGGGCGCAGAGCUAUCACCAGUGACACUGACAGGGAAGCCAGUUGCUGGAACAACAGACGCAGAGGAGGCAUCACGGUUGCUGGCAGAGCGCCGCCGUCAGGCUCGACAGCAGAAAGAGCAGGAAGAAAAGCAGCGACUUGAGCGGGAAGUGGAAGAGAGGAUGAGGGCUGAGGAGCUGCAGAAGAAGCAGGCGGAGGAGCGUAUACGGCAGGAUGGGGUGGUGCGUCAGGCAGCAGAGGAGCGACAACGGCAAGAGCAGGAGAGAACGCGUAAAGAAGAGGAGGAGAGACAGCAAAGAGAGCAUCGUUGGAUGGAGUUGCAGGCACAGCUGGAGAGAGAGAGGGAGGAGACGGAGCAGCAGGUGCGGAAAGAGGCAGAGAGACACCGCCAGGAGCGAGAGCUGCUGAAACUGCAGGAGGAACAGGAAAGAUUACAGCGGAAGAAGAGGAUUGAGGAGAUCAUGAAGAGAACAAGAAAGGGUGAUGCUGAUGCCAAGAAAGAAGCAGUACAGUUGGAGCCCCCAUCCCCAGUCUUCCUUAUGAACUCCCUCCCUUCUCCUCUACUCAGGUCCCAAGGUGCUGUACAGGUGAAUGGACAGGUGGGUGGACACAGCACGUGGAUGAAGGCCACUGCAGCUCCCCUGGCCCCUCUGUCUACGGCCCAUAACAACCUUGGCCCCCUGCACAUGCAGAGCUGUGGUGUGGACGAAUUUCCCGAUGAGGUGCAAUCCAUGGACGUGAGCCCUGUUUCUAAGGAGGACCUUAUCUCCAUCCUGGAGUUCAGCCCUGUGGAUGAGGUUCACACCAUCGGCACAAACAACACCAGCGCCAUGGAGGACCUGCUGGACCUGACGGGUCAUGUGGACUUGGGUGACUGCAACAAGAACCUGAUAAAGAGCUUCUGCAACCCUGGGGCAGAGACUCAGAUUGUUCAAACCCUCAUCCCACCCUCAGACAAGCUGAACAUCCAGUAACUAGAAUGCUGAAUCUCUGAGGCCAGAGGAACAGGAAGAUGGUUUCACCAGCAUCAUCACUGGGAGAAACCUAUUGUUUAGCCCUCUGCCCCAAGCAGCAAUAGAAAAGAUCCAUGGUUUGCUCUGGAGAGUGUUGGGUGUAUGGUCAUGUUCUCCACAUUGACCUUUAUUUAAAUGAAAUGUACUAGAAGUGUGUACAUUACUCCCCUGAAACCCUACUUUUCUCCUGGCUCUACCUCUGUAAUGACUGAAUCUCUCUCCUAUUUCCACUUCUGUAAUGGCCACACCUCUUUCCUAUUGCCACCUCUGUAAUGGCCACACCUCUCUCCUAUUUCCACCUCUGUAAUGACUGAAUCUCUCUCCUAUUGCCACCUCUGUAAUGGCCACACCUCUCUCCUAUUGCCACCUCUGUAAUGGCCACACCUCUCUCCUAUUUCCACCUCUGUAAUGGCCACACCUCUCUCCUGGCUUUGUCUCUAUAAUGACCUAACCUCUAUAAAGGCCAUACCUCUCACCUGAUUCCACCUCUGUAAUAGUCAGACUUCUCUCCUUACACUGCCUCUAUCUCUCAUGGUCCCUAUUUGGGCAUAAUUCUGUGGAAUGAUGCUGUAUACAGCAUCAUUCCACAGAAUUGUGCCCAAAUAGCAAAAGAUUUAAUCUAGAGGAAAAAUCAAAAAAAAAAUUUCUAGAGGAAAAAGUACCCAAAUCAUCUGUGGGAUCCAUUGUUCAGCUUAUUUAGGGCAGCACUCACAAAAGAAAACAAGGAGACUGAACCCCCUUUUGCAUCCGCAGUGUUCUGUCGGGAGUACAUUUUUUAUUAAUGGUCUAUAAAAAAUAGUAUCAGUGUUUUUGUCUGUUUGCAGAUAUGUUUUGCCACAGCGAUAGUGCCCAUAACUCACAGUUGUACAAGCCAGCACUAUUCUCUCAAGACUUUUAGUAGUGUAUGGUGAACUAGAUAAUGUCAUGCAAAACAAGACAAUUUCAUUACUGUAAAGACUUAUCUAGUAUUUGCUCUGUCUCUCGGUAUAUCAGCUUCAACUGAUGUAAGCAUAACUAGUGUUACGAAAAAUCUUAGAAAAGCACCACAGUACACCUUCUGCAUUUGUACCCACACUGGUUUUAAGGAAACUUUGGUCCCUCUUGACAGGAUACAGUGUGUGGAUGUUCCUAGAUAGGAGUAAUACCUGAGUAAAAGCUCUACCCAGCACACAUCUGUAGAGACACAUGCCAUGUGUCCUGUUCUGCAGACAGCUUUCAGUAGGCCUAUGUAACCUCCGUAACAACAGUGUACCUGACAAAAUCAGCUCAGCAUCCUGAUAUCGACUUUGCAAAUCAAGGUUUUUUGGGAGUGUAGCACGUUUUAUUUCCUGUCAAAUUCAAUUAACUGUUGAAGCCCAAUAAUUUAGAACCCCAAGUUAAGUGGUGGAUAGCCCUCUUAAGUGUGUUCUGUGUGCCGUAUUGUGAUUCCUUUGUCUGACACUUAAUUAAACACAAAUAAUGAUAUACCCAACAGGUGAGCAAAUGAUGAUUGAUUAUGUUGUAAGCAUUAGUCCAAUUCUGUAGCUCACUUUGUACCAUAUUGUAGGAAACCGUAUGUGUUAGCACGCAGACACAUCUGUAUGUACUUGUUUUGUUCUCUUACUCUUUAAAGUUCUGGUGGAAAGGGAUUGCUUUAAGUACAGAAGCACAGUGCUUCUCAGGUAUUCCAGAAUCAGAUAAAAAAGAGAAAGUUUCCGCUAAGAGGAAAGAUAUACUAUAACAUACUGAAUCUCUUAAAAAAAAGGAGCACAUUGCAUUUGCAUAAGAGUGUGAUUCUUGUAGACAUGCAUGGACAUUGUGCUUGAGCAGAAAAUGAACAAUAAAGAUUCAUCUCACUGUG